UUCCAUUUUGUAGACGUUUAGACACUUUAACCUUCGACAUUUUUUUGCUAGUCGGUCUUUAGCAUUAGCCCGACGCGAUAGCUGCCACUCGGUGCGACGAGCCCCCACACCAGACCAAAACACAUAUGAGAUCAUUUGACUGCUUUAUACAACAGUAAAAUUGGCGUUAAAACAAAAGUAUAUCCAGCGAAAGUGAACAAGGUUCGGCGCGUGCUGAAGCUCGCUAGCUGUCAGGUGUGCCAAGACGGGCUUUCGAGGCUAGCAGAAGUCGACGUCUGAAUUUGUGACACCUGAAGGACUUUUAGAGGACAGUCAGCCAUGUGCAGCUGUGUACGGAGCUCCAGGGCUCUGUCCCCUGCUCUGCUCCCCAGGCUAUUGGUUCCCCACGCGGGGAGUUACGCGUUGGCUGGCAGAGGCCUGUGGACUUCCACAAACUGUAUGCAGGUGGUGAGCGGCGACUCCUCUCAGCCGCUGCCACUGCCCAGCCAGGCCCGUGUGGUCAUCUGUGGUGGAGGCAUCGUGGGGACUUCCGUGGCAUAUCACCUGGCUAAACUGGGCUGGACUGAUAUUGUUCUCCUGGAGCAGGGCAGACUAGGAGCGGGAACCACCAAACUGUGCGCUGGCAUUGUGAGUGUGGCCAAGCCCAUCUCCAUCGAGUGCAAAAUGGCGGACUACUCCAACGCUCUGUACCAGCAGCUCGAGCAGGAGACUGGCGUCAAGACUGGCUACGUGAAGACAGGUUCUCUGUGUCUGGCUCAGAAUCAGGACCGCUUCAUUUCGCUGAAGCGCCUCGCGUCAAGACUCAAAGUGAUGGGGAUCAGCUGUAACAUUGUGAAACCCAAAGACGUGGCCAAGCGCCACCCCUUAGUGAACAUUCACGACCUGGUCGGAGCGCUUCACCUGCCCACGGACGCCGUGGUGUCAACGCCGGAUCUCAAUCACGCCAUGGCUGUGGGAGCAGCGGGAAGAGGGGUUCAGAUCCUGGAGAGGACCAGUGUUCAGCAGGUUCUGGUGGAGAAGGGCCACGUGAUGGCAGUGGAGACGGACCGCGGCUCCAUCGAGUGUGAAUAUUUCGUCAACUGUGCUGGACAGUGGGCAUACGAGCUGGGCCAGGCAAGCGAAACCAAAGUCUCUAUCCCUCUGCAUGGCUGCGAACACUUCUACCUCCUCACCAAACCUCUCCAGGAGGACCUCAUGGCUGACACGCCAGUGGUGCUCGACAUGGAUGGGAGGAUAUAUGCUCGACCGUGGCAGGGGGGCCUGCUUUCGGGGGGCUUCGAGAAAAACCCCAAGCCCAUCUUCACAGAGGGACGCAACCAGCUGGAAAUUCAGAACAUGCAGGAGGACUGGGACCACUUUGAGCCAAUGCUCAGCGCCCUGCUGAGGAGAAUGCCCAGUCUGGAGUCGGCUGAGAUCCAGCAGCUGGUCAACUGCCCAGAGUCCUUCACACCGGACAUGCGCUGUCUGAUGGGUGAGACGCCGGGCGUCUCGGGCUACUAUGUGUUGGCCGGCAUGAACUCUUCGGGUCUAGCCUUCGCCGGAGGAGCUGGCAAGUAUCUGGCUGAGUGGAUAACCUAUGGUUACCCCAGUGCCAAUGUGUGGCCGCUGGACAUCAAGCGCUUUGGCAACCUGCAGAGCAGCCGCACUUUCCUGCGACAUCGUGUCAUGGAGGUCAUGCCACUAUUGUACGAACUAAAGGUUCCUCGCUGGGACUUCCAGACGGGCCGGCAGCUGAGGACAAGUCCGCUCUACGACCGACUGGACACGCAGGGAGCUCGCUGGAUGGAGAAACACGGCUUUGAGAGGCCCAAAUACUUUGUUCCUCCGGGCAAAGAUCUUCUGUCUCUGGACCAGAGCAAGACCUUCUACAAGCCCGACUGGUUUGACAUUGUUGGGGCGGAGGUGAAGUGCUGCAAGGAGGCCGUCUGCGUCAUUGACAUGUCGUCCUUCACCAAGUUUGAACUCACUUCCUCUGGCGACGAGGCCCUGGAGCUGCUACAGCGCCUAUGCGCCAAUGACCUGGACGUUCCAGUGGGACACAUCGUCCACACGGGCAUGCUGAACCAACGAGGAGGCUAUGAGAACGACUGCAGCGUGGUGCGCCUCAGCAAGAACAGCUUCUUCAUCAUCUCGCCUACAGACCAGCAAGUCCACUGUUGGUCUUGGAUCAAGAAACACAUGCCCAGUGACCCACACCUCCACCUAGAGGACGUCAGCUGGAAGUACACAGCUUUAAAUCUGAUUGGACCUCGUGCUAUGGAUGUUCUGGCAGAGCUGUCAUAUGUUUCUAUGACACCCGACCACUUUCCCUCCAUGUUCUGUAAGGAGAUGAGUGUGGGCUACGCUAACGGCAUCCGAGUGAUGAGCAUGACCCACACGGGCGAGCCAGGUUUCAUGCUCUACAUCCCCAUCGAGUACGCGCUGCACGUGUACAACGAGGUGAUGUCGGUUGGUCAGAAAUACGGCAUCCGCAACGCCGGGUACUACGCGCUGCGCAGCCUGCGCAUUGAGAAGUUCUUCGCUUUCUGGGGACAAGACCUGGAUGCCUUCACCACGCCGCUCGAGUGUGGACGCGAGUUCCGCGUCAAAUUUGAUAAGGACACAGAUUUUGUGGGUUGCUCAGCUUUGCUGCAGCAGCGUCACGACGGCGUGUGUCGCCGCUUCGUCAUGUUGAUCUUGGAUGACCAUGACACUGAGCUGGACCUGUGGCCCUGGUGGGGCGAGCCCAUCUACUGCAAUGGGCAUCUGGCUGGCGCCACCACCAGCAGCGCCUACAGCUACACCCUGGAGAGACACGUGUGCCUCGGGUUUGUGUCGCCGCCCCCUGGACCCGACGGCCUGCCCGCUGCAGUCACCGCGGACUUCGUCAACCGAGGGGACUACGAGGUGGACGUGGCCGGACAGAGAUACACGGCCAAGGCCAAGCUCUACCCCUUCAGCUCCCUCAUAAGCCAGCAGCACCGCAGACGCAAAGAUGACCUGGAGCUCAGCAACCUCCAGGGCGAGUGACGGUGACGUAUCACACACGACGCUUAAGUGCAAUACUCGGUAAAGUAAAAAAAAAAAAAAAAAAAAAAGUCUGAAGUCAGCCAUUUUCUUCAUCGUUCUGAAGUCAAAGUGCCUUGAUGGAGGCCACAUCAGCUCUUAAGACAUUGGUCCUCCACAGUAGAAGACUUGUGGGUCGUUCGUAGUAGAUGACAUGAAGGUUGUCAACAGUAGAAGACGGGUAAAUUCUCCACAGAAGAAGUCUCUGCUGGUGCUUCCGGUCUAAUGCCCUGCUGACAUCAGGUUUGCACUAUGUGACCAGAUUAUUCAUAUUCAUACUUGCACGUAAUGUUAAAAGGUGUUUUUAAAAAUUCAAGAAAAAUCUUGGAAUAUUACAAGAAUAGAGUUGUAAUGUGAUGUUAUGAGAAAAAAGUUGGCAUUUUACAAUGAAAAAGUCAGUUAAGUUUUAGUUUGUGCAGGAAAAAAGUCGUUAAAACAUUUCUUCGAGGAAUAAAAAUUUGAAUUACGUUGCAAUGUUUAAAAAAAAAAUCCUCAUCAGUUUGCAUUUUAUAAGAAAAAUUACCAAAGUCACAAGAAGUUGCAGUGUGACGUUAAAAAGUUGUUUUCCUUGAGGAAAAAAUUGUAUUUUACAAGAAGAACGUAAUGUUGUUAAGAGAGAAUUUUUUUUAUUUAAUAUGAAACAGUUGGCGUUUCAGAGAAAAAUGUUUAAAUGAAAGUAUAAAAAAAAUCCACCGUUGUGUGAAUUUGUAUUUCUUAUGUGUUUAUACAUUUCUUCCGUUCUAAUCUUAAUUGUGGUCUAUUGUAUAAUACAGGCCGACUGGUUAGUACAUCUGCCUCACAGUUCUAAGGACCCCGGGGUUCAAAUCCCGGCCCCACCUGUGUGGAGUUUUUAUUUUUUUUUGGGGGGGGGGGGAUUGAACUUGUCAACCACAAAAAAGUACAGAGUACAAGUAUUGUUGAGUUUCAGGAAAGUGUUUCUGCCUAGCCGUGACUAACUCUUGGUUAAAAUUAGAUCGAUAAAAUAGUCAAUUUGGAGUUUAGUCCUUUUGCACUUAGGUUCUGAUUUCUUAAACUUUGAUUUCUAGGCCUUUACCAUCAUAGUGGUCCUCCACGGUGUUUUAGGUCGCCUCAAGGUUGUCUUAGUUUUUAUAGGAGCGACAGCACCCAUGACAUUUGAGAUUUUUCCGGUGAACUUAUCCAAAAGUACAUCAACUGUCUCAGCAUUCGCAGUUUGUGACACAACUAUGGCAUCAAUAAACUUGGAGCUGCUACUAUCAUUUAUCUUUUAAGUAGACACAGAGUGCCUGAACUUUUGGGAGAAUCUGUAAUUUAAAGAACACACAAAAAUGACCAGAAAUACAACAUACUUAGAGAUUACCAGGUCUAAAAUGUGACCUUGAGUGUGGGUUGGACGCUUUAUGCUGAGAGAGGUGAAAUGUGUCUAGUAUGGCGGAGAGUUCUUGGGAUUUUUUUCCCCCAAGCUAUUGUCAACAUGAAUGUUACAUUCUCCUGUUAUGAUGAAAUAGUUGUAGUCAGUACAGAUCACUGACAGCACUUCUGAAAAUUCCUCCAAAAAUUGUUCAUUGUACCUUGGUCUAUAAAUUAUUAUUAUUACCUUUUACUAAAAAACAGAUAUAUUCAAAAGAGCUAAAAUCUCCCAUUAAAAUUUCUUCACACUGAAAUUAUGAUUUAAAAAUAGCAAUUCGGCUGCCUUUUUUCCCCCCAAAUUUGACACUUGUUCAUCCAUCCAUCCAUUUUCUGUACCGUUUAUUCUUACACUAGGGUCACGGGCGUGCUGGAGCCUAUCCCAGCUAACUGCGGGCAAGAGGUGGGUUACACCCUGAACUGAUUGCCAGCCAAUCACAGGGCACAUAUACAAACAACCAUUCGCACUCACAUUCACAUAAAAUAAAAAUUUGCUGGUGUUGCCUCAUUGGUAUGGUAUUACAGGUGCUUUCUGUUAACCAUGUUUCAUUUAGUAGUAAAAGGUCUAGAUCAUAGGUCGUAAUGAUGUCAAUAAUCAACAUUGCUUUGUUACCCCGUGACCUGACAUUAAAUACAGCUUGUCUUGCAGAGAUACAGUAACUGGAGGCUUUGUUCAGUUCACAUUUUAUACUCACGAAGCUUGUAGCUUUAGUUUUUUUCUGUCAUAUUUCUUAAACAACUUUCUGUCCCUUGUAAUUACAGGGAUGAAAAAUUCCUGAUCUCCACAGGGGUGUGACUUAUUCUGGAGAAAAAUGUUUAUAUUUGAUAUGUAGCCACAACCCCGCACAUAUCUGAUUCGCAUUUACGAUUCUUCAUGGGUGGAGGAGGGGCCCUUCGCAUCUUAAUGGAUGUUGGUUUCAGGCGGGGUGGAAUGUGAGGAAUGGAUGUUGGUUUCAGGCAAAAUGGGAUUGGAGAACAUAUUCCAACAAUGCUCUUAAUCCUGUCCGUGACAUCCAAUAAAGUAUUUAGGCGGGAUGAGAGUAGGCUCAUUUUGCGCCUUAUCUCCUCAGAUUGUUUUGAUGACAGUGCAUCCUUCUGCAUCUCCUGACCUGCAGGAGACCUACUUGUAGUGCGCUAUUCAGUCCCAAAUUUUCCUUUUGCGAUUUUGAAUGACGCACAAUGUAAAACAUUGUUUCAACAGAGAGCAUCUGCUUGGAAAAGAUGUCUCCGUUCCCAGAAAAUGUUUAAUUUGUCAAUGAAGCUCACGGAUAGGGCGUGACACACUUCUUUAAAUAAGUGGCCCAACAGCCCUACUGUUGGGCUAGGUCCAUUUAAAAGCACGUCAGCAUUCAAACAUUGCACUUUGCUUAGGAGAGCAAUCAAAUCCAGUUUCAGUAAUUCUGAUUGCUGUUUAACAACAUCCAAGGUUCCUGUGUGUAUGAUGACAGAUUUCACUGUAUGGUGAACUCCAUGAUUUUCUUUGAGAUGUCAGACACCAUGUCGUUAGUAAAACACAACACUUUCAUGUUCUUCUCACUGCAGAAGCGUUUUACACUAUUAAUAGCGCCGUCAUCGAUUAUCAAUGUUUGUGGCCCAAUGCCUUUUUUCCAUGUAUGAUUUAGAAGAAGAAUCACCUUUUAUUGUCAUGAACAUGUGUGCAUGCACACAAAAUCGUUGUAAUUUUACAAGGUCAAAUGUUUCAUUUUACAAGAAUAUUGUGUUGCACAAUUACAUAAAAAAGUAAGUCAAUGUUAUAAGGAAAAGUGAGAUCAAGUUGAAGAGUUAUAUUUAGGAAAAAAGUCAUUAAAAUUGUAAUACUGCGUGCUGGAAUUUAUUUUGCAAAAUGUCAUGUUACGUUGUUAGUGAAAGAUUUUUUUUCUCGUAAAAUUGUCACUUUUCCUCAUAACUUGUUAUACACAAUAUUCUUUAAGUGAAUUACACUUAAAAAUAUAUUUUUUUCUCAAAUUACAUGACCAUUUUUUUUUUUUACUCCAAUUACAGCUCUUCAUACUGUUUUCGUUUUUCUUGUAAUAUUUUGACUUUUCUGUAAAUGAUUCAUAUUAAAUGUAUUUGUCCUUAAUAUUUGUAUUUCCCCCUAAACACUCAUAAAUUUCUAACUUUUUGAUAUGCCUUUAUUCCCCCCCUUAUAACCAACUUUAUUCAUGUAAAAUGUCAACUUUUUCUUGUAUUCUUCCAUUUCAUCCAAUGUGGCUCCCAUAUCUUGUACAUCUAAAAAAAGGGGCAAAAGAAAAUCACCUGCAGUCCAGAAUCAUUUUAUUUUUGAAGACUUUCUCUGCAUCACCUGCGUGGAACUGUUCUGCUGUCCAAUGUAUCCCUGCCAUGCCAUCAUUUUAAUGCACUUUAUAUCAGAUCAUCUUAAUGGGCGUGAAGUACAUUUUUUUUUUUUUUUUAAUCUCUGGACUGUGCAUAGAUGACCAUGUUGCUUAUGAAGGGCUAACUUAGCAUUAAGUGUGCGUCCUCCAUUUUGCUGUACAUCACGAAUUCCUGAAUGAGUCUGUCAUUAGGGAGUCUGUCAAAUAUAAACACACCACUUUAUAUAUUUAUGUGAAGAUCCAAAAAGUUGAUUUUUGUUGUUUUCUCGGUAACAGUGCAUCAUGUAUAUACAAAUAAAAAGUGGUACAAGGUUGUUUUGGUCUCCUGGCUUCCAUGAUCCGCCUGCUGCUUGGGUUGUCAAGACGACCAGCCGUGUCCACGUGUUGUUCUGAUGUAGCUUUAUUGUCGUAAGUGGUCAAGACGUUUGAAACGAAGUUGU